AUGAAGCGAAAAUUGGAUGAAAAUGAUGUUCCGUCUCCGGAGCCUGCGGGUACUGAGGAACAGGGCCUUGACUUCGAAGCCCUUGGUCUUGACCCGCGUCUUCGUCAGGCCCUGAUUCAAGAAAAGUUCUCCAAGCCCACUCUUGUUCAAGAAAAAGCCAUUCCGUUGGCCCUCGAAGGAAAGGAUAUUAUGGCCCGUGCAAAGACUGGUUCUGGAAAAACUGCCGCCUAUGUUCUUCCCGUCCUCCAGGCUAUCUUGCAGCGAAAAUCCAUUGAUCCUUCGCUCAAAGCAACUACUGGUCUCAUCCUCGUCCCGACUCGCGAAUUGGCUGAGCAAGUGCAAAAAGUCGUCACAUCUUUCACUGCCUUCUGUGGAAAGGAUAUCCGAUCGAUCAACCUGGCGCAGAAAGUGUCGGAUGCUGUGCAGCGAAACUUGCUUGCCGAUUUCCCCGAUUUAAUCAUCUCCACGCCCACUCGCGUCCUGGCCAACGUCAACAACUCCGCUCUGUCGCUUGAGAAGCUAACCCACCUUGUGAUCGACGAAGCUGAUUUGGUCCUGUCUUACGGAUACGACGAAGAUAUCAACGCGUUGUCGAAGGCUAUUCCUCGGGGCGUGCAGACUUUCCUUAUGAGUGCCACGCUGACCUCGGAAGUGGACACUCUGAAGAGCCUGUUCUGCCGCAGUCCGGUCAUUCUCAAGCUGGAAGACAAGGAGGAGAAGGGUGCCGGCGUCAGCCAGUUUGUCGUCAAGUGCGCCGAAGAUGAGAAGUUCCUCCUCACGUACGUCAUUUUCAAACUACAAUUGGUCAAGGGCAAGGUCAUCAUCUUCGUCCACGACGUGGAUCGCUGUUAUCGUGUGAAGCUUUUCCUGGAGCAGUUUGGAAUCAAGAGCUGUGUUCUCAAUUCGGAGCUACCCAUCAAUUCCCGGGUACACGUUGUGGAGGAGUUCAACAAGGGCGUUUAUGACAUUAUUAUUGCAGCAGACGACACCGAGGCAAUUGGAGGACCGAAAUCCAGCAAGAAGUCCCACGAGGCCAACAAGACCGAGGAAGGGGACGCUCAGGAAAAAGAAGAGAUCGGAAGCAGUGAAGACGAGAACGAAGAAGACGAGACCUCGGGCAGCAAAAAGCCCCGACCAGAGAAGAAACGCAAAAUGAGUUCGAAAGACAAGGAUUAUGGGAUUUCUCGUGGCAUUGAUUUCCAGAACGUCGCCUGUGUUCUGAAUUUCGACCUCCCAACCACCUCCAAGUCAUACACCCAUCGCAUCGGACGUACCGGUCGCGCCGGCAAAGCCGGCAUGGCCUUGUCUUUUGUUGUUCCAGCGGACUUGUAUGGCAAACACAAACCUACCCAGAUCUCUAGUGCCAAAAAGGACGAAACCGUUCUUCAAAAGAUUAUCAAGCGACAAGGCAAGCUCGGCCACGAAGUGCGGCCGUAUCACUUCGAAAUGCAGCAGGUCGAUGCAUUCCGAUACCGUAUGACCGAUGCCUUGCGUGCCGUGACCCGACUAGCCGUCCAGGAAGCGCGAGCCCGUGAGAUCCGACAAGAGCUCAUUAAGAGCGAGAAACUGAAGCGCCAUUUCGAGGAGAACCCUGACGAACUGCGCCAGUUGCGCCAUGACGGCGAGCUGCGGGCUGCUCGUGUCCAGCCGCAUUUGAAGCAUGUUCCUGAUUAUCUUAUGCCCGCCAAGGGCCGAAAGGGUAUUUCAAAGGAAGACGUGGGUUAUGUUGGCUUCAAGAAAACCAAGGAGAAUCGCAUUCGCAAGGCUAGGGACCGUAACCGGGGCAGGGGAAGAAGUCCAGUGGCAAGGUCGAUCCCCUCAAAACAUUUAACCGGGGACGCAAGUGAGAGAGGGCUAGUGCAAAAUUCAUCUUAUGAUACCAUUGUACAUUUUUACUAG